AGCAUAAUAGACGAAUAAUACCUUUAACUAAGCUCAAUUAUCCUCCACGCUCGAUCGAUCAAUCGAUCGAUCUCUGUCUCUUCCACAAAAAUCCCGUAUGGUCUCCUUGAAGAAUUCCAGCAAAGGAGAGAAAAACCUUAAAUUCAAGGGUUUCUGUGCAUCCAUUUUCUUUUUUAGAAACCCUAGAAAUCUCCUUUGCCAAUAUAUAACUAAAGAUUCUCUCUUUCUGUGAUUCUUGCACUGAGGGUUCUCGUGAGUUGACAGACUCUAAGAAAGAAACACAGAGAAAGUUGACUUUGUAGUUAUAACUUAGACGGUUAGUUCUUUUCUUUCUAAUUUAUUUACAGCAAUUUGUUUCAAUAUACCCAUUAGGUUGAAAGAUUGUAGAUUAUACGUUUAUACUUUACACGCAGAAUUGGCAUUGUAAUCGAGAUUUCGAGUUGAACAAUUCAUUGGUUAGGGUAGAGUAGGAUGGAAAACGAAGUCCUUGAAUUUGACAUAGGCUUAGGAGGUCCAGACGAUGAUGGGGUGGACAUUGACCACGCAGUUGAUGAUGAAGACAUGCCUGAUACUCCUCCUAUUGCUACUGCUCAUCUUACUGGUGCUGGUAGUGGUGAAAUCUUCCUUCCUGAGGGUGACCUGUUGGAUCUUGAGCCUUAUGAGGGCAUGGAGUUUGAGUCUGAAGAGGCUGCAAAGGCCUUCUACAAUUCGUAUGCUAGGCGUGUGGGUUUUAGUACCCGUGUCAGCUCAUCCCGUCGUUCCAGGCGUGAUGGAGCUAUUAUACAGAGACAGUUUGUGUGUGCCAAAGAAGGGUUUAGGAAUUUGAAUGAGAAGCGCACUAAAGAUAGGGAGAUCAAGCGCCCCCGUACCAUUACUAGAGUUGGAUGCAAAGCAUCCUUAUCUGUAAAAAUGCAGGAUUCUGGAAAAUGGGUUGUCUCUGGGUUUGUUAGAGAACACAAUCAUGAGUUAGUUCCACCUGAUCAAGUCCAUUGUCUCCGUUCUCAUAGGCAAAUAUCUGGUCCUGCUAAAACCUUGAUUGACACAUUGCAGGCCGCCGGUAUGGGCCCUCGUAGGAUUAUGUCUGCCUUGAUAAAGGAGUAUGGUGGAAUUAGCAAAGUUGGUUUUACAGAGGUUGAUUGUCGGAAUUACAUGAGGAACAACCGCCAAAGGAGCUUAGAAGGAGACAUCCAACUUCUUUUGGAUUAUUUGAGACAAAUGCAUAAUGAGAAUCCCAAUUUCUUUUAUGCUGUGCAGGGGGAUGAGGAGCAGUACACCGGCAAUGUGUUCUGGGCUGAUCCAAAGGCCAGGACAAACUAUACUUAUUUUGGUGACACUGUUACAUUUGACACAACCUACAGGUCUAAUAGGUAUCGCUUGCCAUUUGCACCGUUCACAGGGGUAAACCAUCAUGGACACCCUGUUUUGUUUGGUUGUGCUUUCCUAAUAAAUGAAACUGAAGCCUCAUUUGUCUGGCUGUUCAAUACAUGGCUUACUGCAAUGUCUGGUCGUCAUCCAGUGUCAAUCACCACCGAUCAUGAUGCAGUGAUAAGAUCGGCCAUCAUGCAGGUUUUCCCAGAAACUCGCCAUCGCUUUUGCAAAUGGCAUAUCUUUAAGAAAUGCCAAGAGAAGUUGUCCCAUGUGUUUCUGAAACACCCAAAUUUUGAGGCAGAGUUCCAUAAAUGUGUUAACUUGACUGAGUCAAUUGAAGAAUUCGAAUCUUGCUGGUUGUCACUUGUUGACAGAUAUGACCUCCGGGAUCAUGAGUGGCUUCAAACAAUAUAUUCUGCUCGUAGGCAGUGGGUCCCAGUAUAUUUGCGGGAUACUUUUUUUGCCGAGAUGUCCAUAACCCAGCGAAGUGAUAGCAUGAACUCCUACUUUGAUGGUUAUGUUAAUGCUUCAACCAAUUUGAACCAGUUUUUUAAACUGUAUGAAAAAGCUCUUGAGAGUCGGAAUGAGAAAGAAGUGAAAGCAGAUUAUGAUACAAUGAACACUUCACCAGCUUUAAAGACACCAUCUCCGAUGGAGAAACAAGCAUCUGAGCUUUACACGAGAAAAUUAUUUAUGAGAUUUCAAGAGGAGCUAGUGGGUACGCUAACUUUUAUGGCGUCCAAGGCAGAAGAUGACGGGGAAAGUAUUACAUAUCAAGUAGCAAAGUAUGGGGAAGAUCAUAAAGCAUACUAUGUCAAAUUCAAUGUUUUGGAGAUGAAGGCAUGUUGUAGUUGCCAAAUGUUUGAGUUCUCAGGUCUUCUUUGCAGACAUGUUUUGGCAGUCUUUAGAGUGACCAAUGUGCUUACUCUCCCCUCUCAUUAUAUUCUAAAACGAUGGACAAGGAAUGCCAAGAGCAGUGUUAUAUUAGAAGAACGUGCUACUGAUGUAUAUACUAAUUAUCUAGAAUCUCACACCGUUCGAUAUAAUACCCUACGUCAUGAGGCAUUCAAAUUUGUAGAUGAAGGUUGUAAGUCCCUGGACACUUACAAUGUUGCAGCGAGUGCUUUGCAAGAGGCUGCAAGAAGAGUUGCACUUGCAACAAAGAAUGAGGGAAGAGGCACCUUGGUGAAUGGUCGUGGUAGGGGAGAGUUGGCAAGCAAUGGGAAUGCUAAUAGGACAAAUUUUCCCAGUGGGAAUCAUCAGGGCAGCUCCACCCAACAAUUGUCUCAGGAUGACAUGGACAAGAAGAUCCAAGAACUCACCAAUGAGCUGGAUUAUGCAAAUCGGAAGUGUGAAGUUUAUCGGGCUAACCUGCUUUCGGUUCUAAAAGACAUUGAGGAUCAUAAGCUACAGUUGUCAAUUAAAGUGCAAAACAUAAAGAUUAGUAUGAAAGACAGUAUCUAAAGUUGCAAUGCAGUUCUUCUAUCUAUCUUGGUUCCCCCUAAAUUUUGGAGUGCAUAUGCUCACAGAUCUCUAAACCCUCUUUGACCUUUAGGGUAGCAUAGAUUUUGUGAAAUCCCAGUUCAUGUUCUGCUUGUACAGUGUACAUUUCAUCUUUAAAUGCAUAUUUUGAAAAAUGGAUGACCUUCUGUCUAAAUGGCAACUGUAAAUAUUUUCUUCAGAUAAUUUCUUCGGCCCUCAUGAAA